AUGCUUCUUUCCUCGCACCGCGCGGAGCAGGAAGACACACCCCUGACCCUACGCUCGCCCCUCAGCCGUGGGUCCUUCAUCCUUAGCCCCGGCCCUCCGGCGGUCCCCGCGGAACCUCCCCUGGCCCGACUACGCCAGCGGGCUCAGCGGGGCCGGAAAAUCGUGUUCCUCGGGGCCCGGCCCGGCGGGGAAGGUGCGCACAGCCGACCGGCAGCCGCGGGGCGGCGUGAGGGCCGCGUCCCUAGGCAGUCCCGGUGGACCCCGGGACCCACAGGCCGCCGUCCCUCCGCUGACUGCUCGGCGGGCUUCCGGGAGCGGGUCCCGGCGCCAGCCCGACCUCCCGGCUCCGGUGGCCCAAGGGAGCGCCCCCCGCCCUUCCUGCCCCGCGUCCGCGGGGUCCCCGCCGCGCCCCCGGUCUCAGGCACGAGCCAGGAGGCCCCUCCAGGCUUCCGUCCGGUCAGCCAGCGCUCCAAGAGCCCGGCGUCCUCCACAGCGGACGGGCAAGGGGCGGGAGCCGACGGCCCUGAGCCCUGCGGCCCCAAGCGGAGCGGCGCCCCGCGAGCUCGUCCAGUCGGCAGCCCCGGCCGCGGCCCACCACCCACCCACCACCCCCUGAGCCCGCCCGCCUGCGCCAGGCAGCAACCGCUCGCGCCCGCUCCUCACCUGCGACGCGCCCCGGCCCCCAGCUCACCGCCCGAACCGGCUGUGUACACCGGAAGUGACGUCUCCGGGCCGACCCCGCCCCCCGCCCCAGGCGGACGCCGGGUGGCUGCAGACCAAGCGGCUAGGAGCUGA